UUUUUGGAUGCCACAAUAAUCUCUGGUCCCACCAGAACUCAGGCUUCGUGUUCAACUCCUCCAGAAUCCACAUUUAGCUUCGAAUUAUCUUAUUUUUCUUUCAUUUUAAUUGCGGAUUACAAACUGUUGUUGCAUAGCACCACCUAUAGUAAGCUUCUGUUUCCUUGCCUAACAGAAACUUUAUUUUAAUAAAGAAAUACCGCAGAGGUUUUUACUUUUAAUUUGACAAACAAUUAAUUUAAAAUUCUUAAUACAACUAAAUUUCAUAAAUGUUUAAUGGUUUAUGGCUGAUCCUUUUGGAAGUGCAACAAACUUUUUAGUUACUAUUACAGUACCUUUUCAGUUUAAAGCAUUCUGAUUGGUUAAUAAAGUGAGACAGGGGGAAAAUAUUUACCUGUAAGUUCCUUAGAGAAAUGUUGCCAUAACAACAGCAUCACAUAGCACCUUUGUUGUAUGGGUGGGGUUGCUUCUUGUUAUGAUAAGAGAGAUAGGCCUAUGCGGUCAAACAUUGGUUGUGUAGUCCUAUGAAGUUUGAACAGCAAUUGGCACCCACGAAGACAGCCACACAGACUGUGUUAUUGCGUUCGAAAUGUCUGAAAUAUUAAAUCAUUGCUAAAAAACUAAAAUAGUUUUCACUCGUUUUCACUUGUUAAGUAAAUAUCGAAUAUGAACACAAAUCGCUGGGUAAGACUUUUUACGUGGCAACGCAUGAACAAAAAUGAUGAAGAGGGAGAGAAUAAAGGACAAGAAUCAACCGAGAAGAAGAAAGAGGAGACUACAAAAAUAAACUGGAAGCAAUGGGUAGUUGACCCAUCUGAAGACUUUUACUACACAUGGUUGCAAAUAAUGAUACUUCCUAUCUGCUACAACUGGGUCAUCAUAAUAUGCAGGACUUGUUUCUAUGACAUUGAGAGGACAUAUUUGGCAGCAUGGCUUACCUUGGACUAUAUCUGUGACUUUGUCUAUGUAUUUGACACAGUUAUUGGGUUUCGCACAGGUUUUCUGGAGCAAGGCAUCCUGGUGAAAGACUUGUCCCGUUUGAAGAUGCGUUACCUGCGCUCUUCUCGCUUCAAGUGGGACAUCGCCUCCCUGUUGCCCACCGAUUUGCUCUACCUGCGGCUGGGUAUUCACACGCCUAUAGUCCGGAUCAAUCGCUUUCUACGCACAGGCCGUUUAAACGAGGCACUGGACCGCAUGGAAACGCGCACAUCCUACCCGAACACUUUCCGUGUCGCCAAACUGAUGCUGUAUAUUUUCGUGCUCAUCCACUGGAACGCAUGCGUCUACUUCUCUCUCUCCAAUUAUAUAGGGUUCGGAGCGGAUCCCUGGGUCUAUCCCAACAUCUCCAACCCCGACUUCGCUUCCACAAGACGGCAGUAUUUUUAUUGCUUCUGGUUUUCGACACUCAUUCUCACCACGGUGGGGGACACACCGACCCCGGAGCGCGAGGAAGAAUAUCUGUUUCUGAUCGCAGACAUGUUGAUCGCAGUGCUGGUGUUUGCAUCAGUCGUGGGGAGCAUGGGGGGCGUGAUAUCAAGCCUGCGUGAUCGUGACAACGUGUUCUUUCCUAAUCACGAGCUGGUGAAAGGUUACCUGCGCAGCCGGCGCAUUAGCAAAGAACUGCAGAAGCGUGUCAAUGACUGGUAUCAACAUCUGCACAUUAACAAAAAGAUCACACGGGAGAAUGAGAUUCUUCAGCACCUCCCGAUCACCCUUCAGACAGCGACUGCCGUGAGCGUGCAUUUGCCUACUCUGUCCAAAGUCACCAUCUUUCAGAACUGUGAGAACAGUCUGUUGGAACAGCUGGUGCUCAAACUCAGGCCACAGGUGUAUAGCCCAGGAGAGUAUGUGUGCAGGAAGGGUGAUGUAGGUCAUGAGAUGUACAUUAUUAAAGAGGGCAAGCUUGCUGUGGUGGCAGACGAUGGAGUCACUCAGUUUGCUGUCCUGGGGGAUGGAAACUUCUUUGGAGAAAUCAGUAUCCUGAAUAUCAAAGGUAACAAAUCGGGCAACAGACGCACAGCCAACAUUCGCAGCAUUGGUCACUCAGAUCUGUUCAGCCUGUCCAAAGAGGACCUGACUGAAACACUUCUGGAGUACCCUGCUGCCAAGCGCCUGCUGGAGGAGAAGGGUCGCCAAAUCCUAACGAAGAUGGGCAUGCUGGAAGAGACGGAUGAGGGAGAGGUAGAGGUGGAGAAAACAGAAGACAAAGUGAAACGCAUAGAAGGCAGCCUGGAGACCCUGCAGACCAAACUGGCUCGCCUGAUAGCUGAACUGGAGUCCAGCGCCUGUAAAAUGAUGCAUCGAGUGGAACAACUGGAGGUGCAGACGGAAGGAUGGGAAGGCAUUGUGGCGGAAGGGGCACAGGGAGAUAUUGAAUACCAGCUGAAGGUGAAGGAAAGGGAAAUUGGGGAUGGGGAUGAGGAAGGAGAAGGAGAAAAGGAAGACGAAGAAGAGCCAGUGGUGGGAGGGGAGAGAGGAGAGGGUGAUGGAGGAGAGGAGAGCCUUGGAGAAAAGGAGAAGAAAGUAGGAACAGAUAAAUGACAGGGAAAAGAAGAGACAGGAAAGGAGUAA